AUGCAGACAUUGGAUGUUUGCAAGAAAACUGGUGGUAAAAUAUGGCAGAGAAAACCUGUACCAUCCAGUGACAAUGGAUUAAUGGUGAAAAUUAGCAAUAAUGUAUCUGGUGCUUUAUCAACCCCAGGUCGGAAUGUCAGAUUUCUACAUUCCUCAUUCAAUAAAAAUGGUGACAGUUUCUUAGCUGGAGAUCAUCAAGGCAAUAUCUUUAUGUUUGAUUUAGAAAGAAAUAAGUUUUCACUAAUAGAGAAGUCUAGUCAACCUUGUACAGCUUUAUGUUUUAAUAACGCUAGAAAAACAGAGUUUUUAGUUGGUUUAGCUGAUUAUUCAUUACAAUGCUAUGAUACUGUGAGCCAAUCUGUGAUAUCUGUUAUGAAAGGACAUACAACAGCUAUACAUUCUAUAUCAAUACAUGCAUCAGGAAAAUAUGCUUUAACCACAUCCUCAGAGACAGCUCUACUCUGGGAUCUAGAUAACUUCUCAUUACAGAAAAAACUCAGUAACAAAGAGGAUGUACCCUUGUUGAAGGCCUUUUUCUUACCAAUAAGUAAUACAAUUAUAACCUGUUUUAAAGAUGAUUCUAUAUUUGGUUGGGAAUCAGAAACAUUGUCCUGUAAAUAUCAGCUACCAGUACCUGAUGGAGAUUCACCACAUUAUAAAGUUUUUGCUACAACCAGAGAUGGUAGACUGCUAGCUGCGGGUGGAAAAACAAGAUUUAUUCAUCUAUGGUCUCUCGAUACAAGGCGUAUAUUACGUAUUAUAGAAUUACCUAAUAAAGUUACAUCAGUUAAACAGUUAGAAUUCUUACCAGAUAGUUUUCAAACAGGUGUAGACCAGUUUCAACAUUUCGGAAACCAUCUUUUGACCAACAUCUGCACCAUUAACAGCAUUUAUAUGCUUGUAGAUUUAAUUUGGAUGUUGGUAAAUAAAGUACACAAUAGUAUUAUUAGUCCUGCUGCUAGACAUAUAGUUUGUACAAUGGAAGAUGGUACUUUACAUGUAUAUAGUGUUAGUGCCUUAUCAUCAGAGCUAAAUAAGCCUCCUGCACCACUAGUUAAAGUUGUAACCAGUAAUAAAAUGUGUGAUACUAUGUCAACAGUAGGAAGUGAAAAGUCUAUGAAUCGUACUGCUGGUAGUACUAAAUCUUAUAAUAGUCAUGUUACAUCUCGUAAAUAUACUAAUUUUUUACCUGAUGGUAUGGAAAUGAGUAAAUUAUUAGCUAUAUUAAGGGGUUAUGGUGAAUAUCCAGCCAAAUACAGGAUGUUUAUAUGGAGAUCAGUAUUAAGAUUACCUGAAAAUCAUGCUGCCUAUGCUGCAUUAGUUGAUAAAGGAACACAUCCAUCAUUUGCUAAAAUGCAUGAAGUUUAUCCUUUAAAAAGUAGAAAAUUAUUGAGAGUUUUACAAAGAAUAUUAUCAGCAUUAGCUCAUUGGUCUCCAAUAUUUGGUGAAACACAAUAUUUACCUAUGUUAGCUUUUCCCUUUGUUAAAUUAUUUCAAAAUAACCAUUUAGUUUGUUUUGAGAUAAUAGCCACUCUUUUAGUAAAUUGGGGAAGUCAUUGGUUUGAAUAUUUCCCCAAUCCACCUAUAAAUAUACUGGCAAUGAUAGAAAAUGUUUUGGCUCAUCAUGAUAGGUUAUUAUUACAACAUUUUGUUAGAUAUGGUGUGACUUCACAGAUAUAUGCAUGGCCACUAUUAGAGUCUGUAUUUUCUGAAGUUUUAACUAAAGAAGAAUGGUUAAUGUUAUGGGAUAAUAUAUUUAGUCGUCAUCCUGGCUUUAUAUUAAUGUUAGUUGUAGCUUAUGCUAUAUGUGCUAGAGGACCUUUAACACAGUGCGUGGAGCUGGAUGAUUUUAAGUAUUUUUACCACCAUCGUAAUGCUGUAGAUAUUAAACUGGUUAUUAAACAAGCAUUAAGAUUAAUGGAGUCUACUCCUGAUGAUAUCCAUCCUGUUAAAUUAUUAGAGAAAUUUAAACCAUUAACUCGGGGUCAAUAUCCUGUCUUUAAUAAAUAUCCUAAAUAUAUUGUUGAUUAUCAGGUACAAGAAAGAGAAAGAAUAAGACAAGAAGAAGAUGAAUAUCUCAGACAAAAACAAUUAUCAUUAAAUACUGAACAAGAAGCAGCUAAGAGAAGACAAGAAGAAGAGGCCUGGUAUAGACAACAACAAUUAUUAUUAGAGGCUGAAAACAAGAGACGAUUAAUGAUACAAGCUGAAGAACAAAAGUUAGCAGAUCAACGAAAGAGAUUAUUUGCUAUGAAUCGUGAAGUAAAAUUAAAAGAACUUCAGUUACUGGAUGCAGCCAGAAGAAAAUUCCUGCAAUUCCAAAAACAGCAGAGAGAAGCAGAAUUAAGACGUUUAGAUGAUGAAAUGCAGAGAAAGGUAGGGAAGGAUUUCAAUAAAACAAGAACUUGUACAAAUGGAAGUCAAUGUUGUGUGCUACAGGCUAUGACUGAUCAGUAG